UACAAAUCUAUGCGAUUACGAUACGAUCCUUAUUUAUAAUUUAUAAGUAUCAUGUACUUCAUGAGAAAGAAAUGAUUCGAUAUUUUAUGUCCGCCCAAAACACGGUGGCCUGCGAAACCGCGAGAACGAGAAUUCACGAAUCGAAAAGCCUAGUAUAAAGUAUAAUUAGUAUAAAGUAGAUCUAGAUCUAAUAAAGUACAAAUAUAAAGAGGAGCCGUUGUUUGCUAAAUAUAAAAAGGAAUUUCAUCCAAACUAUCAGAUGGCGUGUGAGUUCUGUGGUUAUACCACCAGGAAAUGGAGUAAGCUGAAAAAACAUCACACAGAAGUUCAUAUGGCUUUGUAUAAAGAAAACAUUGCUACUGGUUUAAAAAAGGACAAUUUCAGAGAGGAAACGAUGACAUCUUCAUGUAAAUACCCAUCAGAUCACAGAUCAACUUCACCAAAUUGUGGAAACUUUAAUGUCCAAUGCUCAAUAUUGAAGGAGAAAAAAAAUUUAUCAUCAACUAAUGAAAUGACAGCUGAGCUUUACAACAAUAAAUUCAAAACAUGUGACAAAUUGCAGUUACAUCAUGAAAAUAAAACAGCUGCACCUCAAAAGUUACAAAAUUUAACUGGGCAAAAAUGUGAAUGUGCUCUGGAGAAUUGUACAACUUGUCAACUAUACCAUAAUGAUAAACAGAGAGGCAGUGAUCCUCCAACUGAGAUUUCUGUGUGUGACAUUUGCCAAAAAAGUUUUAAAUCCUUAUCUCAUUUGGCUUCUCAUAAAAUUGUACACACUCGAAUGAAAUGUUACAUAUGUUGCCACUGUGAUAAAAGUUUUAACAUUGGAGAAGAAUAUGAUCUACACUUAGCAACACAUUUUAGGUAUAAGCUAUUUAAAUGUGAAAUUUGUGAAAAAUGUUAUGCAGAUAAACAAUACCUAAAAGCUCACAUUAGGAUGCAUAAUGGAGAAUCAAUUCACAAAUGUGAGAAGUGCCAUUACACUUCACCUUAUCUGUGUCGGCUAAAACAACAUCAAAAGAUUCAUCUAAACUUUCAAUCAGUUGAUGGUGUUGAAAAUGUACAAGCUUGUGAUAUUUGCCAAAAAAGCUUUGUUUCUAUAGCUCACCUUUUGUCCCAUCAACUGAUACAUACACCUUUGAAGCUUUACAUAUGUAGUCAUUGUGACAGAGGCUUUAACUUACCAGAUGAAUAUGACCUGCACCUUGUAAUGAGACAUUUCAGGUACAGACCUUUCAGAUGUUCAUUGUGUGAGAAAACUUUUAGCAUGAAAUUUUUUUUAAUAAUUCAUAUGAACAUACACACUAGGGAUUUACUGUAUAAGUGUUCAAAUUGUGACUACACAACAAACGAUAAAAGUCCUUUCUUAGAACAUAGGAGAGUUUACAUAAACAGUAAGCCUUUCACGUGCAAUUCUUGUGACUAUUCAGCUGCUUCUAGAAGUACUCUACAAAGACACUUGAGGACUCACUCUGGUGAGAAGCCAUUUUAUUGCAGCCUAUGUGACAAACGAUUCAGUCAACGUGUACAUUUAAUCUCACACAAAUGGCAUAUUCAUCUAGUUUAAUCAUACUACUGAAGACACACUACGAACAGUGUUAUGAUGUGUAGUUAAUCAAGGUAUGUUAGUGUUGGUGCGAAAGAUAUAAUGAUGACAUAGUGAUGAAAGAUAAUUGUGGUGAUGUAAUGUGUAUGAAAGGUGAAUACGUGGAACUGAUCACUGCGUGUGUGUAUGUAUCAUGUAGUGAGAUGCGAGGCUGGAUGUGUUGACUUGCAUGUUGUUGUACGGACUGAACUAGGGUACAAGGGUGACAGUGGCUGUGUUGUGAGCAAGAGAAAGGUGGUGUGUAGGAAUGAAUGCGCGGGGGGGG